AUGGCCGCUUUGCCCUUUCGCGGCGGUUUCGCUUCGGCACCAGCGACGAAGCGGCCACGUGGAAAUCAUUCACGCGAGCCAGAACUCCUGGUGAUCACACUGGACCCAAGACUUUGCACAUUGGAAGCCGCAGGUGCUGAAGGCAAAGCCUUGUUUCCAGAGCUUUGGGAGAGCAUUCUUCUAUUCCUCCGCGCCUUUAUGUUGCUCACUGCUGGUCAAAAGGUUGUAAUUUUGGGUGCUACAGCUCCAGUGAUGCCCCUAUGUGAGAUUUGUGAUGUGUACGCAUGGGAGGCUGCGCAGGAAGGCGCACGGCGUGCAGCAGUAAAGUUGGAACCAAGGGCUGCUUGCCUAGCAGCCGUGCUCAGCAGUAGCCUGUGUUUAGUACACCAGGCCCAGCGGCAACAAAAACUGCAAGCUCGUGUGCUUGUAAUCGAUGCCUCAGCCAGUGAAGUGGAUUACAUCGAAGAAAGCUCAGGUUUGGUGAAUGUGGCCUUUGCUGCGAAAUCUCAGGGUAUUCUAGUGGAUUCCUUUUCUUUGGGUUCAUGCCCUUCGUCUUUGCUGCGCCAAGUCUGCAAGCUGGCGGAGGGCAAGCAUGUGCGACUCUCGUCCACGGAGAAGUUCGGAGAGAUGGCUGCGCCUGAAGUCUUAGCCGCGUCCAUGUUGUUCCACUUCUUAGCCAGCCAGGUGGAGAAUCGCACCUAUGAUGAGGUCACGGAUAUGCAGGCGAUGAAGACGGCCAUCGAAGAAUACCUGGAUGAGUACAAUCAGGUCUUUUCGAUCAUCAUGCCCUUGGUGAUGUUUCUGGACGCUUGCGAGCAUUGUGCGCGGAUCUGUCGCGUCCUUAGCCAGCCCAACGGCAACGUCUUGCUCUUGGGUGUAGGUGGCAGUGGCCGACAGAGUCUCACUCGACUGUCUGCGUACAUGAAUGAAGCUGAUUGCUUUCAGAUCGAAGUGGCUAAAGGCUACGGCAUGACCGAGUUCAAAGAUGACGUGAAGCGAUGCCUCAUGAAGUGUGGGGUAGAAGACAAGGUUCAGAUCUUCCUUUUCUGCGACACUCAGAUCGUGAAAGAGGACUUUGUGGAGGCGAUUAACAACGUGCUCAACAGCGGAGAUGUGCCAAACCUUUAUGCCAAUGAAGACUUCGAGGCCAUCUCCUCCUCCUGUCGACAGCUUUGUCAGUCAAUGGGCAUGCAACCCACAAAGGCGAACCUCUUCAGUGCCUAUCUCAGCCGUGUGAAGAAGAACGUCCAUGUGACCUUGGCCUUCUCACCAGUGGGCGACAGCUUCCGGAACCGUCUUCGAAGCUUUCCAUCGCUGGUGAACUGCUGUACCAUCGAUUGGUUCCACGAGUGGCCAGCAGAAGCCUUGUACAGCGUGGCCAAGCAGCAGAUCACUGGCCAGAACGUGGAGCUACCAAACCUGGAAGGUGCCUUGAAGAUGUUCCAGACCAUUCAUCAGAGCGUGGAGAGCUCGUCCAAGAAGUUCCUGCAAGCCACCGGGCGCCACGUCUAUGUGACUCCGACCUCCUUCUUGGAGCUCCUCACCAGCUUCGUGGCCAUCUUGGCUGACAAGAGGAACCAGGUUGGGACGCUUCAACACCGCUACAGUGUGGGCCUGGGGAAGAUUGGGGACGCAGAGCAGCAAGUGGCAGGCUUGCAGCAGAUGUUGGUGGAAAAGAAGCCGGUACUUGAAAAGACUCAAAAGGAGGUGAGUGAAAUGAUGGUGGUGAUCACGAAAGAUAAAGGCGAAGCGGAGGAAGUCAGCAAGGCGGUGGCGGCUGAAGAGGCUGCAGCAGCCUUGAAGGCUGAAGAGACUCAAGCGAUUAAGGACGAUGCUCAGAGGGACUUGGAUGAAGCGCUCCCGGCCUUGGACCAAGCGGUGGAAUGCUUGAAGAAACUUCGCAAGGAGCACAUCCAAGAGGUGAAAGCCUUGGGAAAUCCACCCGCGGGUGUCCGCUUGGCGUGUGAGGCUGUUUGCAUUAUGCCUGAGGCAGCUCUUGAGACAUCAGAUGGUUGUUUUUGGUUUGUGGAACUUCACGCCCUGAAACUGAGCGGCCAGGACUACUGGGAAACCUCUCAGAAGCAGGUCUUGGUCGAUGCCAAGAAGCUCCUGGAAGACCUCAUGGAUUUCGACAAGGAUAACAUCCCGGACAAGGUGAUCGCAACCAUUGGCCCCUACAUCGAACGAGAGGAUUUCGACCCUGCUGCGAUCAAGAAGGCCUCGGUGGCUUGCGAAGCCCUGUGCUUGUGGGUGCGGGCCAUGUACAAGUACCACUUCGUCGCCAAAGCCGUGGAGCCGAAGCGUCAGUUGUUGAAAAAGGCAGAAGCAGAGCUGGCUGAGUGCCAGGAGAAGUUGGACGCUGCACAGUCCAGGUUGCGUGAGGUUCAGAGCCUCGUGACGGUGCCGCAGGCGGAGUUUAAUGCUGCCGUGCAGAAGCAAAAGGAGCUGCAAGAUGACAUGAACCUUUGUGAGGUGAAGCUGCAACGUGCGCAUAAGCUCAUCAACGGCUUGGGCGGGGAGAAAGCCCGCUGGGGACAGAACGUCAAGGACUUGAACGCGCAGCUGGGGCUUUUGCCCGGCGACUGUGUGGUCGCUGCAGGGAUGGUCUCCUAUGCAGGGCCCUUCACGUCGCAGGUGCGCGGGGAAUGCGAAGAGCUCUGGCGGAGCGAGUUAAAGGUGCUGGAGAUGCCACACACCAAAGGCUGCAGCAUGUCCACCGUGCUGGGUGAUCCAGUGAAGAUUCAGCAGUGGGUGGUGUGUGCACUUCCCAACGACCAGCUGUCCAUCGAGAACGGCAUCAUUAUUGACAGAGCCAGGCGUUGGCCGUUGAUGAUCGAUCCGCAGCGACAAGCGAACAAGUACAUCAAGAACAUGGGCAAGGAGACGGAGACGGGCAUCGAUGUGUGCAAACUCAGUGAGAAGAACUUCUUGCGAACGCUCGAGCUGGGCAUCCAGUUCGGCAAAUGGAUCUUGCUGGAGAACAUCGGCAUCAACUUGGAUCCUGCCCUCGAGCCGGUACUGGGACAGCAGAAGAUCAAGGACGGCUCAGGCUACGUCAUCAAGCUGGGUGAUAAGUCGGUGACCUACACCGAAACCUUCAAGUUCUUCAUGACCACCACGUUGCCCAACCCACACUACUCGCCAGAGACGUCGGUGAAGGUGACGCUGUUGAACUUCGCCAUCACUCCCAGUGGGCUCGAGGAUCAGAUGUUGGGCAUCGUCGUGGCCAAAGAACGCCCCGACCUGGAAGAAGAGAAGAACAACUUGGUCGUGCAGAAUGCCAAGAACAACAAGAUCCUGAAAGAUAUCGAGGAUGACAUCCUGCGCUUGCUGGCGACCAGUGAAGGAGACGUCUUGGAAGACGACACCUUGGUGGAUAAGGUCACCGAUUCCAAGGCCGUCUCGGAUGACAUCAACGAGAAGAAGAAGGUCGCAGAGGUCACGGAGAAGAACAUCGACACAGCACGGGAGAGCUACCGCCCAGUGGCCUUCCGAACAGCAGUCCUGUUCUUUUGCAUCGUGGAGCUCACAAACAUCGAUCCUAUGUAUCAGUACAGCCUCCAGUGGUUCCAGAAGCUCUUCACCAUCGCCAUUGACACCUCUCCCAAGGCGGAGGACUUGGAAGAGCGCCUGGGCAUCUUGAAGAGCUUCUUCACAGAGCAGCUCUAUCAAUCCAUCUGCCGUGGCCUUUUUGAGAAGGAUAAGACCUUGUUCUCCUUCGCGCUUUGCACCAGCAUCCUGAGAGGUGACAAAAUGAUGGAUGACACAGAGCUCCGCUUCUUGCUGGUGGGCCCGACCGCGGAUUUGGUGGAGAAUGGCCCCGCCAUCCCGGCUGAGUGGGUGGGGAAGCAGCGCUGGAAUGAGAUUUUGACCAUCUCCAGCUUGACCGCCUUCCAUGGCUUUUCGGACUACUUUGCCACGCACGUGGACGAGUUUAAGCCCAUCUAUGACUCGGUCGAGGCAGACAAAGAGCCCUUGCCUGCGGCCUGGGAGGAGAAGCUGUCACCACUGCAGAAGAUUUGCUUCAUCCGAGCCAUGCGAAUCGACUGCUUGAAGGCUGCGGUGAUUUCGUUCAUCUCCAACCAGAUCGGAACCAAGUUCGUGGAGCCCCCCACCUUUGACAUCAGCAAGUCCUUCGCAGACUCGGUGAACACCACUCCGUUGAUUUUCAUCCUGUCGCCGGGCACGGAUCCUGUCUCAGAUGUGAUUGCUUUCGCGGACAAGUUGGGCAUGUUGAAGCGCUUCGAGUCCAUUUCCUUGGGCCAAGGCCAAGGCCCCAAGGCGAUGAAGCUCAUCGAGACGGCUCAAGGUGGUGGCGGAUGGGUCUUGCUCUCCAACUGCCACUUGAUGGAGAGCUGGAUGCCGACCCUAGAGGCCAUCGUGGAGCAAUUCAACCCAGACAACAUGCAGACCAGCUUUCGGCUUUGGCUCACCUCCAUGCCGGCAAAGAGCUUCCCAGUGCAGGUCCUGCAGAACGGAGUGAAGAUGACCAAUGAGCCGCCCAGUGGCCUGCGGGCGAACCUGCUCCGCAGUUACUCCGCCCUGAGCGACGAGGUCUUCAAGGAGUCCAACAAGCCUGAGAUUUUCAAGGUCCUGCUCUUCGGCUUCUGCUUCUUCCAUGCGGUGGUCCAGGACCGGCGGAAGUUCGGACCCAUUGGCUGGAACAUCGCGUACGGCUUCACACCAGAGGAUUUGCUCGUUUGCAGACAGCAGCUCAUGCUCUUCGUGAACCAGUAUGAUCAAGUUCCCUACAAGGUGCUGAACUUCCUGGGGGCGAAGAUCAACUAUGGAGGGCGCGUGACAGACGACAAAGAUAAGCUCUUGAUCUCCACGAUUCUGCAAACCUACAUUUGUCCAGAGUCCGUGGAGGAGAAGGAAGGCUACAAGUACUCCACCAGCGGAUUGUACUAUGCUCCUGGUGCAGAGACGAUUGAGGAAUUCAUCACCUACAUCAAAGGCUUGCCGCUCUACCCCAUGCCAGAGGCCUUCGGCUUGCACGAGAACUGCAACAUCACCUGUGCCCAGGAUGAAGCCUUGAAGCUCCUCACGGGCAUGCAGAGCAUGGUCUCGUUGAAUGCUGGCGGUGGAGAGGGUGGUUCUGCCGACACGGUCAUGGAUGACACUGCUGCAUCCAUCCAAGAGCGCUUGCCAACGCCCUUCCCCUUGGACGUGUGCGAAACCAAGUUCCCCACCAGGUACGAGGAAUCGAUGAACACGGUGGUGAAACAAGAGUGCUUGCGCUACAACAAGCUCCUGUGGUCCAUGGCCAGCUCGUUGAAAGACUUCAGGAAGGCCAUCAAAGGUCUCAUCGUGAUGACUGCAGAGCUGGAGGCAGCUGGAAAAUCGCUCUUCGUCAACGAAGUCCCGGAGAUGUGGUCGAAGAAGGGACCGCUGUCCUUGAAGCCGCUGAGUAGUUGGUAUUUGGACAUCCUUGCUCGCGUGAGGUUCUUCCAGAUGUGGUUUGACUUGGGCCAUGCGCCUCCAUGCUUUUGGGUCAGUGGCAUCUUCUUUCCCCAGGCCUUCUUCACUGGAGCAAUGCAGAACUUCGCACGGAAGUAUGGUGAGGAGAUCGACCUGCUCUCCUUCAGCCAAAGGACCAUGGACCAGAUCACGGAUGCACCAGCACAGCUGACGUCCCCUCCCGAUGACGGGGUCUACGUCUAUGGCAUUUUCUUGGAAGGCGCCCGCUUUGACUGCACCACGCAUCAACUGGAGGACUCCAGGCCGAAGGAGCUCUUUACCGAUAUGCCACCUUUGCAGUUCUUACCCAUCAGGAAUCGGGUGCCCAACGCCACGGACUAUCGCUGUCCUUGCUACAAAGUGGUGUCACGAAAGGGCACCCUCCUCACCACGGGUCACUCAACCAACUUUGUGCUCUACAUUGAGGUGACGACCGACAAGGUCGUGGACAAGUGGAUCAAAGCCGGUGUCGCCGCCUUCCUGGCACUCAAGUACUAA